AUGAGGCCUACAUUUGCUAUUGGAGAGAAUUUACAUAUCAAUGAACAAGAAAAUAACAAUGGGAAAGAAGAAAAAGAUGGUGGUGAUGAUGGUAGAAAAGAAGGAAAGGAAGUAAUUAUCAAAGAAUCAAUCAUAGUCGAUGGAGAGAUAAUACCACCUAAACCAGAAUUUCCAGACAAUUGUUGUAUGAGUGGAUGUGCACAUUGUGUAAUAGAUAUUUAUAACGAAGAUUUAGAAGAAUGGGAAAAAAAAAUUAACCAAGUAAAAGAAAGAUUGAAGAAAAAAGGGAAAACUUUACCGUCAAAUAUAUUUCAAAAAAAUGGUGAGGAUGAUGAUGAUAACAGUAAUGUGAAUGUUGGGUUGAAAGUUUUUAUGGAAUUAGAAAAUUUAUCUGAAUUUGGUUUGAUUAAUCCAUGCCAAUCAAUACCUAUGAAUCUUAUUGCUUCUCCCAGUGUUCAAGAUGAUUGUCAUUACUACUGA